AUGGUGAAACCCGAGCCUACCCCUCCCGCUUCAUCUCCUCCAGCCGAAGCCGCGGCUGUUCCUUUGGAUUCAACAACCCGCGUCAUCCCAAUCCACCCUGAUCUCGUCGAAAUAAAAGUUCCAGAUGGGCCACUGCCAUCAUACCGCUAUCACCCAGUAACAUGCCAACCAAUCAAACCUCGAGACUACCAAACUGAGCUUAAGCAACUGGAAGAACAAUACAAAUCACGCGAGGCCGCACUUCAUGCGCAGGAACAAAUUGCCAAAGAAGUCAAAGAGAAGAUUAAGACAGCUAAACGGAAACGAGAGGAGGUUCAAAAAUCCAUGGACAAGAAGGUCAAGGAACGCGACACCGAGAUGAAGGUCGUGUCCAAGUUUCAAGAGACCAAGGCAUCGGACAUUCCAUCUUGA